UUCAUCCGCCUCAAUCAUGAAAAUGAAGUCCCUCGCGACUGUCACUUUUUUGUCAUCAACGGGUUUGGGAUGCAAAACAAAAUGGCUGUAGGAGGAGUCCUUCUCCGUAAUUACGUUGGCAGCAUUGGAGCAUACCCACAGCCCGGAUUUAGUCUUCCGCCCAAAGAUGGCAGCUACCGUCACAGGCUUGGUCUCGAGCACGAUCACCACCCUCGAGGCCGCCACACAGCUGUCAGCUAAUGUAAACAAGCCGGUGUACAAUUUGGACCAAGGCAGCGACCUGUGAGCGCUCGCACCUGCGGAACAACUGCGGCGCGGUUUCAUACAGCCAUCGAGGUUGUGCGAAAUUGCAUUACGGUCAGACGAUACCAGAGCUGUCGACAUCAUGAAGUCAUGGCGAGAGAACUGGGUGCAUACAUCACUCGCCAUACGUACGCUAGUGCUGAGCCCGUACCUGAGUACAGGCUGUGUUAUCGCGUCUUGGUCGCGUCUGUGUCGCGUCACAUUUAGCGUAGUUGGAGCAAUGAAUGGUCCAGAGGCGGAAGCAGGUCUUUACGUGGCUGUUCAGGCAGAAAUGCAGGAUUCACCGUCCAUCAGGCUCGGUCUGCAUCUACCGUAGUGCUUGACGCAACGCCAUCGCAAUCAGCACAUCGACUCCCCUGGUCGUGUAUUCUCCCAUCCAAUGCUGAUCCAGAAAAUGCCUAGGGCAAAUGUUCGCUCGUGAAUCCACCAUGAAUCAAUCGCCCCGCCAGCCGAUGCGUGACACUAGUGACGCGCAGGGGAUCAUGCAUCCGCCGCUUGUGGGCCUUGCAACGAAUUGCCAUUUUCCGCCAGUACAGCAAUGCACCGGCGUUUACCUCUAUUUCGCAUUGUACGGGCGAUAUGGAAGU